UUGCGCAGAACAGCCAGGGGCCAGAGGUCGAGGUCAACAGCUCCCGGCGUUCUGCCGUCACUUCCCUGAGCACAGAACUGGUGCGAUGGGUCUUUGGCUGCGCCUUUCACUGCUGCUGCUGCUCCUGCUGCUGAGCCUGGGGAGGUCCCCAUGGCCUGCAGCCGUGGCCCUGGCACUACGCUGGCUCCUGGGGGACCCCACCUGCUGCGCGCUGGUAGCCCUGGUCGCGCUGGCGCGGCCGUUGCUCCUUCCCUGGAUGCCCCACUGGCUGAGUCUGGCUACCGUGGCUCUCGUGCUGGCUCUGCUGCCCGCACGGCCACCCCCGGGGCUGCGCUGGCUGCCCGCCGACGUGGCCCACAUCGUUGGGAUCCUCCGCUUGGGCCUGGACAUCAGGGUGCGCUUGAGCCGCAAGCCCCCCUUAACCUUCGUCGAUGCCUUUGAGCGGUGGGCGCACAUGCAGCCGGGCCGCGUGACUUUGGUGUGGACUGGACGCGGGGGCCGCUCAGUCACCUACGGGGAGCUGGACACCCAGGCCUGCCGGGCGGCGUGGGCCCUGAAGGCAGAGCUGGUCGACAUCGCGGGCCAGGGGACCAGGGAAUCUGCUGCUCUCCUGGUGCUGCCCUCCCAGUACAUUCCAGCUCUGGGUCUGUGGCUGGGACUGGCCAAGCUGGGCUGCGCGGUGGCUUGGAUCAACCCACACAUCCGCGGGGGGCCCCUGGUGCACUCGGUGCUGAGCUCUGGGGCUCGGGUGCUGGUAGUAGACCCAGACCUCCAGGAGAACCUGGAGGAGAUCCUCCCCAAGCUGCAGGCAGAGAAAAUCCGCUGCUUCUACCUCAGCCUCUCCUCCCGGACACCGGGUGUGGGGGCGCUGGGAGCCACCAUUGACGCUGCGCCCAUGGACCCCGUGCCUGCUGACCUGCAUGCUGGGAUCACACCUCGGAGCCCUGCUCUGUUUAUCUACACCUCAGGGACCACCGGUCUCCCGAAGCCCGCCAUCCUCACGCAUGAGCGGAUACUACAUAUGAGCAGGAUGCUGUCUCUGGGUGGAGUCACAGCUGAUGAUGUGGUCUACACGGUCCUGCCUCUAUACCAUGUGAUGGGACUUGUCCUCGGGGUCCUUGGUUGCCUGGAGCUCGGAGCGACCUGUGUCCUGGCCCCCAAGUUCUCUGCUUCCUGCUUCUGGGAUGACUGCCGGCAACAUGGUGUGACUGUGGUCCCAUAUGUGGGUGAGGUCCUGCGGUACCUGUGUAACACUCCCCAGCGACAAGAGGACCGAACACAUACAGUCCGCCUGGCAGUGGGAAAUGGACUCCGGGCAGAUGUGUGGGAGACCUUCCAGAAACGCUUUGGCCCCAUUCGGAUCUUGGAAGUCUACGGCUCCACAGAAGGCAACAUUGGCUUUAUGAACUAUCCAGGGCGCUGUGGGGCCGUGGGCAAGAUGAGUUGCUUCCUUCGAAUGCUGUCCCCCUUCGAGCUUGUACAGUUUGACACGGAGGCCGCCGAGCCUGUGAGGGACAAAGCAGGCUUCUGUGUGCCUGUGGGUCCAGGGGAGCCAGGGCUCCUGUUGAGUCGGGUGUUAGGCCGCCACCCUUUCCUGGGCUACCGCGGACCUCGAGAGCUUUCGGAACGGAAGUUGGUGCGAAAGGUGCGGCGCCCGGACGACGUCUACUACAAUUCAGGGGACGUGCUGUCGAUGGACAUCGAAGGAUUCCUCUACUUCCGCGACCGCCUUGGGGACACCUUCCGAUGGAAGGGUGAGAACGUAUCCACGAGGGAGGUGGAGGGUGUGUUGUCACUCAUGGACUUCCUACAAGAGGUGAACGUCUACGGUGUGCCUGUGCCAGGGUAUGAGGGAAAGGUGGGCAUGGCCACUGUGCAGUUGGUCCCUGGCCAGGCCUUCGAUGGACAGAGGCUGUACCAGCAUGUCCGCACUUGGCUCCCCGCUUAUGCUGUCCCCCAUUUCAUCCGUAUUCAGGACACCCUGGAGAUCACGAGAACUUUCAAACUCGUGAAGUCCCACUUGGUGCGUGAGGGCUUCAACGUGGGCGUCAUUGCAGACUCACUGUUUGUGCUGGACAACCAGGCCCAGGCCUUCCGGCCCCUGACACAGGAAAUAUACCAGGCUGUGUGUAAGGGUACCUGGAGACUCUGAAUAUCUGGCCCGCCAACAAGACAACUGAAGGGGCAGGGCCCAGUGCUGACCAUUGCCAAAAAAUAAAUAAUAAAGGGAGGCACUUUAA